AAAUUAAUCAUUUUUUUGUUGACCAUUUAUACUCUACAUGGAGUUUGUUAAUUAUUAAUUGAUUUUUUUUCUUAGGCAAAUAAUAAAUAAAAUAUUUUUAAUCUAUACUUUUUCUGUUUUAAUCUAUAAAUUAAUUUUAGGGAAAAAGUUAUGUUACAAAAUAAGUGAGAUUUCAAUUUUUUAUGAAAAGUUAAAAGUAUUAAAUAUUUUUGACCAAUUAAACUUUACAAUAUGUUUUCUUGUUGGUUGAAUUAAAUUCAUGGUUAGUGAUGUUUUAUGCAAAAGAGGUAAACUAAUGAGACUAUGAUUUGAUAAAUUAAUAAUUACCAAGUCAUUUGUCAUUUUGUAAGCUUAAAAAGUCAUUUGUCAUUAUGUAUUACAAGUCUAAUCAUAAAUGUAUGUUUAAUUUUAAUUCAAUAUUAAUACCCUUCAAAUUUUUAAAUAAGAGUUAGUAAAUGACUUCUUUUUUUUCUCUUUCACACGGUGCAUGCAUUGUAUUCACACAAUCACACCUAUUUGUAUCAUUUGUAUUGUCAUAUCAUAACAUCUUUGUAUCUCUUAUUAUGAUCCCUCUCUCUAUAUAAACACCAACCCAAUCGACCAAACCUUCUUCUCUGAUUUACCAAACUAAGAUAGUUUCUCAAAUCAUUUAAUCAAUUUUAUUUCUUCUUCUUCUCCUUCUUCAUCAUCACCAAGUACAUUCAAAGUUAUGGGGUUUGCACAUCUUAACCUUGUUCGGAAGAUCGUUGGAAUAAUAGGAAACUUCAUUGCUCUAUGUCUGUUCUUGUCACCAACGCCAACAUUUGUCGGGAUAGUGAAAAAGAAGUCAGUAGAGGCAUACUCGCCAAUACCGUAUUUAGCGACUCUCAUAAACUGUAUGGUUUGGGUUCUUUACGGCCUCCCUAAGGUGCAUCCGGACAGCACAUUGGUCCUUACGAUCAACGGCACGGGAAUCGCGAUCGAAAUCGUUUUCCUUGCAAUAUUUUUUAUCUAUUGCGGCCAUAAAAAACAGCGGUUGGCAAUAGCCGCUGUUUUAGCGGGCGAAACCGCGCUUGUAGCUAUUCUCGCGGUUUUGGUCUUUACCCUCCAACACACUACCGAUCAACGAACGAUGAGCGUUGGAAUCGUUUGUUGCGUUUUCAACGUUAUGAUGUACGCUUCUCCAUUAUCUGUCAUGAAAAUGGUAAUAAAGACAAAAAGUGUGGAGUUCAUGCCGUUUUGGCUAUCGUUCGCUGCGUUUCUCAAUGCAGGCGUUUGGACAAUCUAUGCACUCAUGCCUUUCGACCCAUUCAUUGCUAUACCAAAUGGGAUUGGAUGUGUAUUUGGAUUGGGACAGUUGAUAUUAUAUGGUGCAUACUACAAAUCUACAAAGAAGAUAAUGGCGGAGAGACAAGAACAACCUGGUUACAUAGACUUAUCAACUGCCGUGGCUCGUACCGAAUCCGAAAAAUUAGAGAAUUUCAACAAACAAAUUAUUGGAGUUUGAUUUUGUUUGGCUUGAUCACAUCUUCUAAUAUGAAUAAAGAUGUUAAAAAGUUUCAUUUACUUUGUUUUGAACGUUUCAAAUUUCGUAAUUUGAUUUUGAUGUGUUAAUCUAAAUGGUAAGUAAGAGAUGAAUUUGUCUCAUGGAAUGGUACAUCAUAUUAAUAGAUGGGAAAACAUUCUACUA